AUGAAUCGCGGAAUCCAAGCAAUUUCUCCGCCGACCAUUCCGCCAGCCAUUCUUGCAAGCACCGCAACGGCACACCACCCUCCUGGCCCGCGACAUUCACAUAACAUGGGCGCGUCAGCAUCAAAACCCGCUCGGGCCGCAGCCUCAGCGGCCACCAGACGACAGUAUCCCAAACAGCCUUCCCCAUCAACAACCACCUCACAUGCCCAAGAACCCACCGCCCCGAAAAGAAAAGCGGGACCAGUCUACCACUCCAAAGAACAGGCCAGCCGGACAAAAACCGAAGCAAUCGACCUCGACGCCCGCGACCCACACUUCGCCGCCUCCCUCCGCUCGAUAGGCCCCGUAAUCCCCAACCCAACCCUCUCUCACUCCAGCACCUUCAAUCGUCCGCCCGCCACCACCACCAGCACUAGCAUCAGCAGCAGCUCCUCCUCCUCUUCCACCUCUUCCUUUUCCGCAACCCCCUCUCCCCCCAACCCCGCCAUCCAAAUCCUCUCCGCCCGCUCCAACCUCGCCAAAUUCGCCGAACAAGAACUCGAGUCCUUCGGCAAACAGAGCCACGCGGGCCGUCAAUUCCUCGACGUCGUCACCAUAAAGCAGAUUCUCGGUAUGAGGGACAGGGAGGGGAUCGGCCCGGACAUGAUCGAGAGGCAUUAUAGGCUAAAGGCGGGAUUGGUCGGCAGAUUAGGGGCGAAGGGGGUUGUGGGCGAGGUUCGAUAAUGAUAAUCUUUUCCUUUUUUUUUUUUUUUUUUAAAAAAGAAAAGGGAACUCUAGGAACUCCUCUGAGGAGUCAUGGUUCCCAACCGCCCUUCUCUAAUCUGUUGGGGAUUUCUUUGCAUGGGUGGAAAUAUUUGGGCCUUUUUGUAUAUUCCAUGGAUAUGGCGAAGGUGAAAGGCGCAAAGGUGAUUUUGAAACCAUCUCUAUUUUACGCAAUCAUAGGCGCGAUUGUAUCUAUGUGCUGUACGAUAUGGAGUCCAUUUA